AUGGUUGAUUCACCAGCAUCAUAUCCUUUCAAAGGGAUCAAAUUUUUUUUCUCUCAUUGGACUUUAAUCCGUAGAAUUCUCUUGGCUUUGUUUUUAACCCUUAUAGUAGCGAUUUUCAUUAUUGGGUUGACUUUUGGAUUUUUGCUUCCCUUACAAGUUGCCCUCUUUACUGCCAUGCUCAUUCCACCUCCAUUUUCCAUCAUUCUUGCUGUAAUUGCAUGUGUCCUUGAAUCUGCAAUUUUUAUUGUUAUAUUUAAUCUUAUUGCGACCCCUUUUUGGCAAGAUGCUUUAUAUGAUGAUGUCCUUAAAUUGAAAGGUUUGGGAUCUUUAUUGGAAGGCCCAAGUAAUGUCAGCGAAGUUACUCUUUUUUGUCCAUACUGUUACAUUAAUGGAUGGCCAUUAGCAUGGAGUCAACAAAUUCAUUAUCAAAUUGAUAUUAAAGGAUUAUCAGUAAGAGAAGCAAGACAUUUAGCAUGGAAAGAUCGUAAAGAUUAUACUCGAUUUGGUACUGUUUCUGUGUUCCUUCAACUAUUUCCGGGUCUCAAUUUAUUAUUCAUUUGGACAAAUAUUGUUGGUGCCGCUUUAUGGACUUCUGAUAUUAUUCUCGAAGAACGUAAACGUGUAGUAGAUGAAGUGGAAAGAAGUAUACCUUAUUCACCUUCAGAAAACAUGGAAAGCUCUGCAAUUACCGCCACAACUACAAAGAAUUAUGGUGCCACUGAUAAUAAUGCUUGA